AUGAAUAUCGCACUCUCCGAGGUGAUCUUUGUUGACCAGCUCAAGAGAUCACCCGUAUCUUGCGUCUUUCGCACCAUCUGGCGUGGCAAAGAUUGUGUCUUGAAAGUACCCUUGCUUAGGGAACGUCGGCCUCGCGCUCGAAAGCGGGAAAUAGAUCCGUUCAAGUGUGAAAGCGCUGCUUUCAUCCGACUCCAGGAACACGGCUUAUGCGACCGAGGAUAUGUUCCGGAGUUUUAUGGCCUGGUAGAGCAGAUCAAACCGGCCGAUUAUCUCCCCCAUCUCAAGGACUUCCUACAGGAUACCAUAUAUCCAAACGCUGUCCUGAUGGAGUAUAUACCUGACAUUCAGCCCAUCGAUCUAUCGACUUUCUCAGAGCAACGGAUCCACCAACUGCACCAAAUCCUGCGAGAAAUACAUUCCACUGGAGUCCAUCACGGAGACCCAUAUCCUCGGAAUAUGAUGGUGCAGACUACCUCAGACCGAGUGUCGUGGAUUGAUUUCGACCGUGCGCAGACGUUCACUCCUCAAUCUGUCCAACCAUAUCAGCUAGACUGGUUGGACCAUGAAAAAAAGAUGAUGGAGUACUUUGUUGAAGCUUUGAUGGCAGAUGCCAAAAUCGGGAGGAUUGAUGCUACGUGGAUUUGCUAUUAUGAUAGCCUCAAACCGCCGCGAGAGCAACAGGUCGAGGCAGGUCUGGGCGAGACCCUAAAGUGA